UUUUAAAUAAUAUUUAAUAUUCAUUAACAAAAACUAUAAAUGAUAUAAAAACUAUACCUCUAUAAUAGCUUGGCAUGCAGUAUUUCAAACUAGUCAUCUUUGACCAUUUAACUAAAGAUGAUAAUAAAGCUCAAAUCACACAAAACUCCAGGAAAGAAAUCAACCAAACAAAACACAUAUGUAAGAGAGAAACAAUAAAAAAAACAGUCAACAUUGGUGUCUUGGAAAUCACAAGUGUCCCAUAACUCAUUCUUCUCUCUCACACGCCAUUACUAAAACCCCUAAAAUCUUCAUUCACUUCUCUAACCCAACAACACACUAUCUCUCAUUUCUCUUCAAAAAAAAAAAAAAACCUUGAAACUAUGAGUUUCCAUGACCAAAUCCAAUAAGUCCACCCGGUACCAAUUCGGAUCAUAAAAGUUUCGUUAUAAACAGCAAAAUCAUGCUCACCACCACAAUCUUAAUCUUACUCAUAGUGAUUCUUAUGGUCUCUCUCCACCUCUACUAUCGUUGGUAUCUCCUCCGUUCUAGCCCCUUCAAUCGCACCACCGCUGCAAGUACUUUUUUCACGGAUCCUUCCUCCACUCCUGGUGGCCUUAACCCCUCCAUCAUCAAAUCUCUUCCAAUUUUCACGUUCUCCGCCGUAACCGCCCUUUUCGCAAUGGAAUGCUCCGUUUGCCUCUCGGAGUUCAAAGAUAAUGAAUCGGGUCGGGUUAUGCCCAAUUGCAAGCAUACAUUUCACGUUGACUGCAUUGAUAUGUGGUUUCAUUCUCAUUCCUCUUGUCCUCUCUGUCGAUCUCUAAUCGAACCUUUCGCCGGUGGAGUAAAAUCGACGAUGGAUGAAGUCGCGAUUUCGAUUUCUGACCCGGUUUACGGUGACACGAACCAUCACGAAGGAACUGAGACUACCGGUGAUUCGGUUCCUGAAGAUUCACAGAGAAAACCGGCAGCGAUUGAAAUCUCACAGAGGAAUCUCGGAGAAAUAGAGAAUGAUUUGUCUCGGAGUCACUCGUUUAGAUCACCGACCGAUGAGCCGGAUGAUAUCUUUCACUCGGAAUUUGAGUCGAGAUCUGGAGAAGUGCUUCUUCUUCUUCUUCUUCUAUCAGAAUUCCGCAUAUUUUGUUUCCGACGGUCAGUAGCAUGCAAGUGACUGAGUUAGAUAUCGAAUUGGGAGGAGAAGAGACUCGUUGACUUAUUCAAUGUUACAUCACGUGGAUUGUAUUAAUGGUUGUAAUUUAUCUCUUUCUUUUUUCAGUUUAGAGUUUAAUAUGCAACAUGUUAAUCAAUUUCGUUCUAGACUUAUUUUUUAAAAAAUGUUUACUUAUAUAUACAACAUUAAUAUUUAAAAAUGGUUUUUUUGUUUCUUCAAAA